UCUUAUAUUACAGCGUUUAAUAACUUGAUUUACUCACAUUUACUUCAACAAAUCGGCACACAACGUUUUCAUAUGUUUAAGUCGCGCUGAAAGUGACGUAUUCGAAGUUAUUCUCACCUAUGUGUUUCAGAAAUGUUAAAACUGCGGUUUGUUUAUCUUAAAAGUAGGGCCUUCAGUGUCUUUGUUUAUGGUUUCACUUGUUGUUGUUUUUUUUUUUAACUUUUUGACACGCAGUGUUUGUUACACAUUUGAUAAUAUGUUCGUUUCAUACACUGACUCUCUCUGACAGCACCGAAAAACGAGAUUUGAUUAUUUUGUCAGAUCACUUUCGCUAUGUCUUCCGAUGAGGUAAGACGGCCUGUUCUUGUUGUUUCCUCUCAUCAAAAUGCGGUUAAAAAUAAAUAAUACACAGAAUACUUAAUGUAUAUGUAUUUUUCCUGGUUAAUACCCUUUCUCUAUGGUUUGUCGUUUUAUCACACGCUUGUUUUCUGAGUUUAAAGAAGUAAUCAGAUCUUUUACCAAAGUGACAGAAGAAAUACUAUAUAGCAGAACAAGUAAAAGUUCUGCAUUCGAUGUAAAAUAAAAAGGUACAAAAGUAUAAGCAACAAAGUAGACAUUAAGUAGAAUUGUCCACUUCAUUAGAGAUAAUAUUGAAUCGUGAUUAGUGAUUUAUACAGCUGGGUAGAUUGUGAAUUUAACUAAGGGAUUGGUAAAAAAAAAAAAGUAUCAUACAUUUACGUCAUCAUUAAUUAAUUAAUUAUAUUUAGUUUUAUUCAUUUACAUUUUUGAAUAUUUAACUGUAUACAUUACAAUACAUUUCUAUAAUAUAUAUAUACAUGUGUAUUUUGUAUUGUAAUCUGUGCUUACCACCACUUUACCCACAGCCAUCCGAGGAAACCUUGCAGAGCAUCAACGCUUUAAUCAACAUCUACAAGAAAAAACAUGACCAGCUGAUCCUGGAGCAGGAGGAGCUGGCCACCUGCAGGAAUCAACAGCAGGACAUGAAUGAGCAGUUUAAGCAGCGCUCUAUAAAGCUGACCCAAAAAAUGAAAGAGGACCAACGCUCAUACAAAACGCAGAUUGAAAAUGAAAAGGAUAAGCUAAAGCGGGUGAGGCAGGAGGAGAAAGAACUAAUGGAACAGAUCCAGAAAGUGGAGGAAGCCGUUAAGGAGGAAGAAGCACAAACCCACUAUCUGAAACAGCAGAAUGACGUGUUCUCUGCUGUACCUGAGAGGAAUGUUGUCUUCACUGGCUUGACAGGAAAGGACACUGACGGACAAGCUUUUGAUAUGGAGCCGCAUUUAGUUUACCCGAUGGACGGCGGAACGGCACUGAUUACAUUUGAGGAGGAAGUAGUGGCCAAUAAUAUCCUGAAAAUGAAGAAGCAUCAGGUGAAGCUGGGGCAAGACAUCAGCAUCACUGUGGAGGCCCGGCAAGUUUAUCUGAUGCUGCCCACACUGGUGGAGAUAGACUCUAAAGUGAGUUCCCAGCACAUAUUAAUCUCCAACCUGCCCAAGAUGGACACUGAUCCAAUGCUGAACAAGCUGGAGAUCCACUUCUCCAAGAGUAAACACGGAGGUGGAGAAGUGGAGAAGUGUGAAAUGCUGCCCGACUCUGGGACUGUGGCCCUCAGCUUUGUGAGGAAUGACAUUGCCAAAUGUUUGAUAGAAGAAGAGUACCAUGAAGUGAAGCUGCAGGAGAAGAUGCACAGAGUUAGGGUGACUCCCUUUCUCAACGGAAAGAUUACAAACUUAAAGACAACGAUGAAAGCUUGCCGGCGAACACUGCUGCUGACAGGAAUCGCCCCCGUCAUGGAGCAGGAGACUCUGCAGGAUGUGCUGGAAAUCCAUUUUCAGAAAAGCUCCCAUGGCGGGGGAGAGGUUGAAGCCUUCCUCUACAACCCGCUGGGUCAGCACACCUCUGCCGUGUUUCAGAAAGCCCCCAAAAAUGAAGAUAAGAAGACAGAAUAAAUGUAGGAGUCAAUGAGUCAUUAUCGAGACAAGAACACCCUGAAGGAUUAUUACACGGCCACAUCCUGAAUAACCUACUAUAGCUCAACUACUGCUAUUCUCUCUCUAAAGUAAUUGAAAGUAGUAAUACGAAAGUCAUACUACUGGAUCUGAGUCUCCACUGUUAUCACCACUGUUUUAGAAAAAUAUAUAAUGUCCGAGAAUCUGUUAAUUUCUCUUUUUUGUUUUUCACAUCUUUUGAGAAUGACAAUAUAAUUAAGCACGAGGUUCUGAGGGUGUUUUUAUGAUGUUUCUAGAAUAAACUCUUUGCGACUCCUAAAUGACACAACUCUCUUAUUUAUUGAACUGUUUUUUUUUCUAGUAAUAUAUAUAUAAAAAGUAGCAUUGAACAAUACAGUGUUAUUGAUUCCUCAUUAGCUGAUAACCCCAUCAAUCAAAGAGGAAUCUGUGCCUUUAACAGUUUAUCACAUAAACAUGUAAAACGUCUGGUGUGAUAUUUUCUAACUUUGUUUGUUUUGAGUCAUGGAAAAUCAAAUCGAGACACAUAAUUAAAUGACAUGUUUGUAUUUUCUCUACAUUGCUAUAAAUAAAGCUCUUCAAAGGUUCAAA